AUGUCCAAGGAUCCGGACCAUGACCCCUCAGCCUACGAAGCCCAACACGUCCACACCGUCUACGAACAAAUCGCCUCCCACUUCUCCUCCACCCGCUACAAGCCCUGGCCAAUAAUCGAGCGCUUCCUCCUCAACCUCCCCCCAGGCUCCAUCGGACUCGACAUCGGCUGCGGCAACGGCAAAUACCUCGCCGUAAACCCCAACGUCUACAUCCUCGGCUCCGAUCGCUCUUCCAACCUGGUCUCAAUCGCGAAACAGCAUCAACCGCACUCGGUGCUGGUGGCGGACAUCCUGGACCUGCCGCAUCGGGAGGGAGAAUUUGAUUUCGCGAUUUGCGUGGCGGUGGUGCAUCAUUUGUCGAGUAGGGAGAGGAGGGUUGAGGCGGUGAGGUCGGUGUUGGAGCCUUUGAAGGGGGAGGCGAGGGCGUUGAUUUAUGUGUGGGCGUUGGAGCAGGAGGGGAGUAGGAGGGGUUGGGCGGAGGGGGAUGAGCAGGAUGUUAUGGUGCCGUGGGUGAUGAAGGGUUCGAAGAAGGGGGUGAAGCAGGGCGAUGGUAAGGCUGCUGCUUCUGAUGCUCCGACUGAGGACAGGACUUUUCAUCGGUAUUACCAUUUGUACCGACGUGGUGAGCUGGAAAGCGAGGUCCAGGCUGCUGGAGGUCACGUACUGGAGUCUGGCUACGAAAAAGACAACUGGUGGGCUGUUGCUGCAAAACCGCCUGGUUGA